AAACAACUCAAAAGCUAAAGCUGAUCUUUUCUGUCCGGGAUUAUUUACGGUGCUCACAAGUAGUGCAAUGUAAAUAAAUACCUUUGCACACAUUAUAUAUGUAAAGGUGCUGCUCAGGUGUUUGAGAAUCAGUGAUAUGCUUAGUGUGUGAAAAAACGCUAAAGUAACUGUUGUUAAAUUGUAAAUUACACACAAACGAUCGACAGUGGGACAGAUACAACGCAUUUAAAAUGAAAGUGCCUGCGCGAGACUCGAAAUAUUCGUUCAACUUGAAAAUAUUCAAAUUGCAUAACGAGAAGAAAUCAACAUCAACAACACACGCCUCGUUAGCUCCGACGGUCAAUUCACCGACUUCUCCAAUGAUCACAACUAAAAGAAAUUCAUGGCGCUCUUCAUGGCGUGCUGCCAUUGGAGUCGGUCACAAAGCCAAAUCGGUCAACACCACCUCACACAACAAUAACAUCAACAACGACAACAACAAUUAUGAUGAUAUCAAUAAUGACAUUUUGCAUGAGAAAUUGUCAAAUGAAUCAUGCAAUCAACUCAAUCUCAAUCCUGAUCGCAUUCCCAACAUUGAUGAUUUGAUGUCGAUGCCAUGGUUUGGCAUGGACAUUGGAGGAACACUCACAAAAUUGGUGUACUUCGAGCCGAAGGAUAUAACGCCUGAUGAGCAGGAUCGCGAGGCGGGAAUCUUACGCAAUAUCCGGCGAUAUUUGACCAAAAAUUCGGCCUAUGGCAAAACUGGUCAUCGCGAUACCCACUUGCAGAUGGACAAUGUUGUAAUUCGCAAGCGAAGAGGAUCUUUGCAUUUCAUACGCUUCCAAACCACAGAUAUGGGCAACUUUCUGUCGCUGGCCAAGCAGAAGGGCAUGGCCGAGCUGGUGACCACCGUCUGUGCCACGGGCGGUGGGGCGUUUAAAUUCGAGAAGGAUUUUCGCGAUCAAGUGAACAUGAAGCUGGCAAAGUUCGAUGAACUGGACACGCUAAUCAAAGGAAUACUCUUUGCCGAUAUGCACAACAGCACCGAGUGUUAUUACUACGAGAACGCACGUGAAAUUCUGAAGAGCGAAAAACGCGCCUUCAACUUCUCACAGCCGUUUCCCUUUAUUUUGGUAAAUGUUGGCUCAGGUGUCUCCAUUUUGGCCGUCUACGGACCAGACAACUACAAACGCAUUUCGGGCACCAGCUUGGGCGGCGGAACAUUCCUGGGAUUAUGUUGUCUACUUACCGGCUGCACAACAUUCGAAGAAGCAAUACAGCUGGCCACUAAGGGUGACAAUCGAAAAGUGGACAAACUUGUCAGAGACAUUUAUGGCGGCGAUUAUAAUCGCUUCGGUCUGACUGGCGAUUUGGUAGCAUCCAGCUUUGGGCAGAUGCAUAUGACCGAAAAGCGACAGUCGGUGUCCAGAGAAGACUUAGCAAAUGCCACACUUGUCACCAUUACCAACAAUAUUGGCUCAAUAGCACGAAUGUGCGCUUUGAACGAGAAGAUCGACAAGGUCGUCUUUGUGGGCAACUUUCUGCGCGUGAAUCCCAUUUCGAUGAAACUCUUGGCUUACGCCAUGGAAUUCUGGUCGAAUGGCACAAUGAAGGGUCUGUUCCUGGAGCAUGAAGGUUACUUUGGUGCCCUGGGCUGCCUUCUGCAGUUUAAUGGUGAAUUGGCUGCCGCAUUGAACGAGGGUCUCGACCAUUCAAAUACACCAAGCACAAACCCAACGCAUACCACAGAUGCCGGUGGGGAUCCGUCCACAUCGUCACCCUCACUAACCUCAGAUGCAACGGAUAAGCCAAACGAUAACACAAACUCGUCAAGUAGAUAG